AUGGCUAUCAACACUCCCUACGUUACGCUAAACGAUGGCAACAAGAUGCCUCAGGUUGGCUUUGGACUGUGGAAGGUCGACAAUGCUACAUGUGCGGACACUGUCUACAAUGCCAUCAAGGCUGGAUACAGAUUGUUCGACGGUGCUUGCGACUACGGCAACGAAGUUGAGUGCGGUCAAGGUGUAGCUCGCGCUAUCAAGGAAGGCCUCGUAAAGCGCGAAGAUCUCUUCAUCGUCAGCAAGCUCUGGCAAACUUUCCACGAGCGUGAGCAAGUCGAGCCCAUCUGCCGCAAGCAAUUGGCCGACUGGGGUAUUGACUACUUCGACCUUUACGUUAUCCACUUCCCCGUCGCCCUCAAGUAUGUCGACCCCAAGGAGCGCUACCCACCUGGCUGGUUCGUCGACGGCAAGAGCAAGAUCGAGCACAGCAAUGCCAGCCUACAAAGCACAUGGGAAGCAUUUGAGGAGCUCAAGAAUAAGGGCCUGGCCAAGAGCAUCGGUGUGAGCAACUACUCAGGAGCGCUGCUUUUGGACAUGUUCACCUACGCAAAGACCAAGCCCGCCACUCUCCAGAUCGAACACCACCCCUACUAUGUUCAGCCCUACCUGAUUGAGCUGGCUAAGCAGCACGACAUCAAGGUCACCGCAUACUCAUCUUUCGGGCCUCAGAGCUUCAUCGAGUGCGACAUGAAGAUUGCGGCCGACACACCCCUCCUGUUCGACCACCCGGUCAUCAAGAAGAUCUCCGAGGCACACGGCAAGACCCCCGCACAGGUCCUGCUCCGCUGGUCGACACAGCGUGGUCUUAGCGUUAUCCCCAAGUCCAACUCGGCGAACCGUCUGCAGCAGAACUUGGAUGUGACGAGCUUCGAUCUCAAGGACAGCGAGAUUGAGGAGAUUUCGGGCUUGGACAAGAACUUGAAGUUCAACGCUCCUACCAACUACGGUAUUCCUUGCUACGUCUUCGCAUAG